CUUGAUAUUUUCUAUUUCAUGUCUUUCUCCGCCAAUGCCUAAACAAUAAUGUCCACGACUUCACCUGGCUUGAAGAUUCUACUUUAUGAUGCUGUGUCAUCGAAUAUGUGCUUAGCCUCAAUCAUGCGUGGAUCCGUUAGCUAACUUUUACUAACUAUCCCUCAUCAACCUCCAAAUCGUUUUCGGAACCCGUAUGCGUGUGAUUUGAUUAUUAUCUUCACCCACCUUCGAAUUUUCUUCUGUAUAGCAUAUUUUUAAUCUAGCAUCACGUCAGGUAUAGCGAUGGUUUCAUAAUUCUGCGACUUGGUUAUUCCCCGGACAAUAUCUGUAUUCUAAUACCAUAAUGUUUUUAUUUGCUUUCGCUCCGCUGUUCCAUCUCCUGCAACCUGCCCUGGCAGCGUCAAGAGACUUGAAGGACAAUUCUGCGUCCUGUGACUGUUAUGUUACCACCUCCGGCUCCGAGCCUUCAUACUUCACAUAUCACCGCUUUUGGGAUUUUCGAAACCUUGCGACCGCUCCAGACCAGUACACGCGAGCCCCACGUCUCCUCACGGAUGCGGAUUCCUCCGGAAACGAGCUGUCGCGGGACCAAAGCUUCCUGAACAGCAGUGACUGGAAUGCAGACUGGGAUAUCCAAGAUUGGACCAAGGAGGCAACGGACGAGUUCCCCAUCCGUACGCAGAAUUCGCCAGCGAACGUCUAUAUCGCCCAAAACGCAACCGAAUCAGACGACAACUCCAUCCCCCCAACAUGGCUCACCCUCCGCACGUCCCGUCUCGAUGACUUCCAAUCCGCUGCCGAGAUCGAAAACCUCCAGAAGAACCUCCUCCACGCCUCCCUGCGCUUCCUCGCCCGCGUGCGCGGCGACCCCGGUGCUGUCGCCGGCCUCUUCACCUUCUUCGACGAGACCAACGAGUCGGACAUCGAGAUCCUGACGGGCGACGCGAACCGCACAUGGCGGUUCACGAACCAGCCGUCGCUGGAUAAGACGGGGGACGAGGUGGCGGGCGCGAGCAUCGAGGCGCCGAGGUUACCGGAGUGGCGGGAUUGGAGGGAGAUGCGAAUCGAUUGGGUGCCGGGGGUGAGUCGGUGGUACGUGGAUGGGGAGCAGGUGGCGGAGAACACCUAUAGCGUGCCGCGGAAGCCGAGCGGGCUGAUUUUGAACAUGUGGAGCGACGGGGGGGAGUGGAGUGGGGAGAUGGAUGUGGGCGGUUCGGCGGAGUUGCAUGUUGGAUGGGUGCAGAUGGUGUUUAAUACGAGUGGGCCGGUCGAGGGACCCGGUGAGGGACGGGGAGGCCGUUAUGGUUCGUCCAAGCGGAGCCUGAGUUCCGUGGAGGAAAGUACACCAGAGAUCCAUCAGUUGGUACCUAGGAAGGGAGCGAAGGCUUGCAAGGUGGUCUGCGCGGUGGACGGCACCGAGCAAGAGGGUGUGCCGGAGGUCGUGUUCACUGCGUCCGCAGCUCGAUCGAUCUGGCCGGCACUGCGGUUGGGGGGAAUUAUAACCUGGCUCGCAUUGUGGAUAGCGUAUACGAUAUUGUAAAAUGCUAUACGAGAUCUAUUCAAUGCGUGGCGGCGUCGGUUGAUUGUGUACAAAUUUAGUCGGACCUAUGCCAUGACCCGCUUCCAAGCAAUAUCAAAACGCCUACGCUAUUGCAUGCAACCGGCUCUAUGCUGAUAAUCGAUCGCCUACACCGCGAUCCCCCGUUUAUUCCAUCCUCCAGGUCCUUUCCACGCCCACGC